CCCACUGCGUUCUCGCGCGUGGGCAUAGCAGACGCCGUCACCAAACACGUCGUCUGCGGCGCCCAGGCUCUACUCCUCGCAGAUGAACCCACUUUCACAAAUUGCCUUGUCGUCAUGCGGCCAAAAACGACGAAAGAAGACUUGCCAUCGCGUACGACCGUGCGCACGCGCAUUCAAAACAACUUCGUCGACCUCUUGAAGGCUCUCGAGGCGGCAAUCGAG